UAUGUUAUAUGGAGAUAUUAAGAAUAAUCGUUUGUAAUAAAUGCAGCUACAAACUCAGGCUUUUAGCUAAAAACCUGUUCCGGUCUCUCUUACAUUCUUCCAAGAAAAAACCGUACAGCACGAAGUGGCUGAGUCACAACAAAUAUUUACUAAAUCGUGAGAGCUUCUAUUCGCAUUUAAAUUUUUUGUGAGCAUACACGCCGCUUAAAGCAUUGAUUUCCGACUAGGAAUAACAUUAAAUCAAAUAAAGAAAUAUUAAAUUAAAUCAAAUGAAAAAUUAAAUUUAUGAUACAAAAUUUUCCAAAUUUCAUUACAACUUUUUGCGUUUGUUUUUAAUUUUGAUUUGUUAUUUCGCCAAAUUUACAAUUUCAAUGCAGUCGAUCAUAGAAGGCAAAGCGCUCUCUUAUCUAAUCACUUCGGUGCUGAUAAAAUUUUGUGGUGUGGUGUCAUACAUACAUAUUGAUAUAAACAGUUAGUUGUUAUACAUUAGUUCUCGUGUACAUACUUAUUCAUCUAACGUAUUCGUGAAAGAAUGUUUUGGAGGAACUCAAAAAAUAAGGAACCGAAUAAUUCUAAGGAGUUUAAUAAUGCACUGGUGCAUCAGGAUCCGCGCAUGAAAGUACGCACUGCAACUGCGCAAUCGGAGACAACAAAUACAACUGAGCAAAGUGCGACCAUUUAUGACAAUGAACGCAACAAAAUCACUCAACAAACUGUACGGCAAACGGUGACGCAUCAACAAACGGCUGGCGUCACAGAAAUUUCUAUACGCCGUACACCGACUAAAGAAGAACUGGAUGAACUGCUCAACAUAACUGGUGCCAACGCUAGCUUUUUCAAAUCUUCAACACCUUGGACCAAAGAGGAGACCACCGUCACACAAACAAAUGGACGCACACAGACCUCAUUCGUACAACAGCAGCGCACGAAAUUCGAUCAAACUGGCACAGGUGCAAGGAUGACCACCACAACGACGGCCACUAUGAAACCGGGUGCAGCAUGGAGGGGCUUCAACGAAAGUAAUUCAACAUUUCCCAAUUUCACCGAUAACUUUGGCAGGCACCCUUCACCGCUCAGAGCACUGCCACCAAUUACUACCUCAUUGUCUUCGACUAGCUCACCCCUGAGUAAAACAACGCUCAGCGGCAACUCAUCGCCUAUUGGCAGCGCACCUUUGAGCAAAACAACACGCAGUACAACAACAACAAAUGGUAUUGGGACAUACACUUCUCCUCUGUUUAAUUAUGGUAGUAGUAAACCAAUAGGCGUUGCUGCCAGCACAAGUGUCCCCGCGCGAAAAUCGACAGGCGUCCCUACUGGUACUGGUUUCACAGCUAAUCGAACAAUGCUUUCCAGUGUAAAAAUAUCAUCUCCAUCGGCGACUUCAACAACAACUUAUGUCUCACCUUAUGCUAAUCGCGCACGCGGACCAUUAGCCGCCAGCUAUGCCAGCGUAUAUGGGAAGCCCUCAACCGCGUCCAGUUCCAGUCCAUCAGCCGAUGCAAAUCUUUUCGUAACAGCAUCAACACCAACGAAAUCAAAUUUCGUUUCACGUAACGCUAACAGCACACCCUCAGCGCUGCUUGAAAUUCAGCCUCGAAAAUCUUUAAGCGCUGGCGCUAUUGGUAAGAAGUCUAAGUUAAAACCUGGCUAUGCCGUUAUUUUCAAUACUGUGGACUUUAACGAUAAGGAGCGUUUUGAGAAACGUGAUGGUAGCGACUAUGAUGCGAGGCUCAUACGUGAAACUUUGCAGAAGUAUAAGUUGAAUGUGGAGACCAUCAAGAAUCCGACCGUGAAAAAGAUCAAGGACGUUGUCAAAGCAUUGAUUAAAAAGGAUUUCACCAAUUACUCGUGUCUAGUAAUUGCUAUUCUAAGCCAUGGAAGUGCUCAUGACUCUGUUGCGGCUAGCGAUGGUGAAUACAAUGUUGAUGAAACAAUGCUACAUCCCAUAUUAGAUAUACCAAGUUUAAAGGAGAAGCCGAAAAUUUUCAUUAUACAAGCCUGCAAGGGUUCACUUGUACCAGGUGAAUAUAAGAAAGACGCUUCUAUGCCACGUGGAUCUCCCAGCGAAAUACUCAAAUGUUAUAGUACUUUUGAAGGUUAUGUCUCGUACCGCACCGAGAAAGGCAGUCCAUUUGUCCAAGCCUUAUGCGAUGAAAUAAAGCUUAAGGGACAAAGUACGGACAUUGAGCAACUUAUGAAGAACGCUAUAGAAGCUGUAAAGAUUCAAACACGCUCAAACCAAAUUCCAUGCAUGACAACUAAUCUAACGAAACCAUUUGUAUUUGGAGAUUUUGUCUAAGGCAAAUUUUGUUAAUUAAAUACAUAGAUACAUACGCAUAAUAUAUGGGUGUUUCCAUCGGAAGGUAUACCGCGGC